UGGUCGAUUAGAGAGUGGACACUGUGUGAUCAGGCAUGUAGAUUUCAUUGAUCAUUACCAGCCUCAAGGGAACACUCUUGACACAUCAUGGAGACGGGAAAGCAACUGACGGGUACACUGGCUGUAGCAGUGUUCACAGCAGCUCUGGGUUCCCUGCAGUACGGAUACAGUCUGGGAGUCAUCAAUGCGCCCCAGAAGGUCAUUGAGAAGCACUAUGCUCUGUCUUUGGGCGUAUGGUCCGAGAGGUCAGCACUGCCAGAAAACAUCACGGAAGGAGAAAGUCCCCCGGAGGAGCAAAAGCAUCCUUCCGUGGUCAUGUACUGGUCACUGUCGGUGGCCAUCUUCUCCAUUGGCGGCAUGGUUUCCUCCUUCCUGGUGGGAUUUAUCGGAGACUAUAAAGGAAGGGUGAAGGGCAUGCUGAUGGUCAACAUUCUGGCCGUAGUGGCUGGACUGCUGAUGGGUCUGUCCAGGAUGUGGAAGCCCCACAUCAUGGUCAUCACGGGCCGCGCCAUCAUGGGCUUCUACUGUGGUUUAACAUCUGGAUUGGUACCAAUGUAUAUUGGAGAAAUUGCACCUAAAGCUUACAGAGGAGCUCUGGGAACGUUACAUCAGUUGGCCAUUGUCAUUGGCAUCCUACUCAGCCAGGUAAUAGGUUUGGAUUUCGUUCUCGGUAACGAUGAAAUGUGGCACGUGUUGCUUGGUCUGUCCGGAGCUCCUGCGAUAUUACAGACCGUUUUGUUGCCGCUUUGCCCCGAGAGUCCACGCUACCUUUACAUCCUGCUGGGCAAAGAGCAGGAAGCCCGGAAGAGUCUGCAUCGUCUAAAGGGGGCGUACGAUCCUGCUCACGAUCUGGAAGAAAUGAGGAGAGAGAAGGAAGAAGCAGACAAAGAGCCGACUGUGUCGAUCCGUUCUUUGAUCCUCUCCUCUGUAUAUAGGCAGCAGCUGUUUGUUGCCCUCAUGAUGCACCUUUCACAGCAGCUGUCUGGCGUUAACGCAAUCUUCUACUACUCUACAGCCAUCUUCACUCAGGCUGGUGUCAGUCAGCCAGUCUAUGCCACGAUAGGAGUGGGGGUCAUCAACACGGUCUUUACUUUGGUGUCCGUCGCACUGGUGGACAGAGCCGGAAGGCGCACGCUGACUCUGGUUGGUCUGGGAGGGAUGUGCUGCUGUGCUGUUGCCAUGACAGUGGGUCUCAAAUUCCAGAAUGACUACUCCUGGAUGAGCUACGUCAGCAUGGCGGCCAUCUUCAUGUUUGUGAGCUUCUUUGAGGUCGGCCCCGGUCCAAUUCCAUGGUUCAUAGUGGCUGAACUGUUCAGCCAGGGGCCUCGGCCGGCCGCCAUCGCCCUCGCAGGCUGCUGCAACUGGACCAGUAACUUUAUCGUUGGCAUGACCUUCCCUUACAUACAGGCUUGGAUGGACUGCUACGUGUUCAUCCUGUUUGCUGUGUUGCUUCUCUGUUUCACCAUAUUUAUUUAUUUCCGGGUUCCUGAGACCAAGGGCAAAACGUUCGAGGAGAUUGCCGCCGUCUUCCAAAAGAAAAAGAGGAUUCCCAAAGACAAUGCCGAGCUGGAGCAGCUCAAAUCGUCCAGCGACGCCUAAGGCAGCAGCAGCUAUGGUGACUGCACGGCAGCUCGCUGCAACCCAGAGGUCAAAGAGGUCAAAACCUCUUGACCUUAAUUCACAUGUUAUUGAGUUACAACACACUUUAAAGUGUUUUAUUGGCAAUGUAUUGACUCAGAUUAGAGCAUAAUAGUGGAGGGAAAAGACGGAUAUGAUUGGUUUUACAAUUUUGUUUUUCUUAUCAAAUAAUUGUGUGACCUGCGAUUGUAUUCAGCCCCCUUGAUUAACUCUUUGCUGAAUUGUUUGCAAUGCAAUAUUGCUGCCCUUUCUUUUUUGUAAAAAUGUCUCCAGAUCUGUC